UGAUGGCCCACAACAAGAGGUGGCAGCACUGCUGUAGCUGUGUCAGAUGCUAUAAUAACAAAACAGAAGAAGACGAAAGAGCGACAACUUCUCGAAAAAUGUCUGAGUACGCCGCGGCCCAGAAGGGUGCCCUGAAAAUAAAAGGUCUAGGGAACAUUUCAGCUGGGAAAAAGAAGAAGAAGAAGGACAAAGAGAGUAAGCAUCGCUUGGAGCAGGUCGUGACAAGUCAAAACGAUGACGAGGUGAAAACCAAGAAAGCGUAUGUUGACAAAAGGACGCCGGCACAACUUGCUUUUGACAAGAUGCAAGAGAAGAGGCAAAUGGAGAGGAUUUUGAACAAAGCAUCAAAGACACACAAACAUAGAGUGGAGGAUUUCAAUCGCCACCUGGACAACCUGACAGAACAUUAUGAUAUUCCCAAGGUCAGCUGGACCAAAUAGGAUUUUUUUUUUGGUAUUGUUUUGUUUACCGCCUGUAGAAAACUCUUGCAUGUCAAAUUUUCUUUAGCAUUUUUACCUAUUUGCAAUUCAAGUGUGUUUAAUUGGCAUUCAAUUAUUUGUUUGUUGUAAUUCCUGGUGUAUAUAAUAAAGGAUUUGAGUGAAC